UCGUAAUUAGAUGAUAUUGCUAGGCAGGCACCCUUGCGUCGCCAUGAGCAUUGAAAACUUGGAUCCUGCCAUUGUCGCAGCAUUUCCUACUGGAAGCAGAAUCCUUUCAAUAGUCCAGCACGGCGACACAAAUUGGUCAACUGGGUUUAAGGUCGAUGUUGAAGUAGACGGCAAGGAGGAGAGGUACUUCCUCAAAAUGAUCGCGCGUGAAGACCUGGUUGGGAUGGCGGAAGCAGAAUAUGAAGGACAGAAGGCUAUAUCUGCUGUCAUCCCAGACAAUGCUCUAGAGCCGAUUGCAUGGGGAUAUUUCGAUGGCGAUGAGACCAAGUCGUGGUUUCUCACGCACUUCCGCGAUCUUCGGGCUCGCACACCUUUAUUGCCCCCUCUUGUCUCCAUUGUCAAGAAGUUGCACCAAGAAUCCGUAUCUCCGACGGGCAAGUUUGGAUUCCACGUUACGCCCUUCUACGGCCCGCCACCGAUGAUUGUUGACUGGACCGACAACUGGGAAGAGUUUUGGACGCGCGAAUUCCAGUCUGGCCUGAAGUACGUGCAGAAAAUGCUUGGCGAUGAUCCCGAACUGGUUGAAGUGGCCGAGCAGUUCAUUUGUACGGUUGUGCCCAGGUUGUUGCGGCCCUUACAAGCUGGCGGCAGAAACAUCAAACCCAGUCUAUGCCACGGAGACCUUUGGGAUGGAAACAUCCAGAUCGAUGCUGAAACACAGCAGCCAGUGCUCUUUGAUCCGUGCCCGUUCUAUGGCCACAACGAGAUGGAUCUACAGUGCAUGAGGAGCGACCGAUAUGCCAUCGGACUGGAUUUCGUUGACCUGUACAAAAGGGAGGUGGGCGCAUCUAAGCCCCAGGAAGACUUUGACGAUCGGAAUGCUUUGUACGCAAUACGGAACGACAUUAUGACCGCAGGAAUGUGCCCCCAGUGGUCUUCGUUGAUAGAAAAGGCCAAGGAAGAGAUGCGGCGACUAAUAAACAAACAUCCCGAGGGACUCGGCGGCUUCAAGGGUGAUAUGACUCCGAAUGAGGCUUGGGAGAUGGAGACGGGUAAUGAAGGCCCAAGUAAACUACGAGACGAAAUCUUAGGAGAAGGUCCCCCUUUGAAGUGCCAACUCCAGUAGAAUUAGUGCCCUUCGGAACGGAGAAUCUAUACCUGACUCAAGAUAGACGACGACACGAGGCAUCGGCGUGGGGCAUAGGGCCAUUCUUAGCAUCUCGACAUUGAAAUUAGGUCACCCAUCAGGGGGGAAUGACGAGUAACGACUGUUCUUUUGGUACUAUGGUCUGAGCAUCAUCCAUAAAUACCAGUCCGUUC